AUGGAACGUAUUCGUACCAUGUUGACACCCUUGAAUUUGAGAACGUUGGAGCGCAAUUCUACGGUACAAGAUGGCCCUGGAAAAUCCAAACACAACCGACCUGCCCUUCGUCGUGACGAUGAUUCUUCCGAUGAGGAGGAUGGGGACCACCAACAGCAGACCCAAUCGGAAUCCAAGAAUGGUAACAGUCGUCCCAGUAGCACUCAGCAUCCCAGCAGUACGAAACGUCCUAGUAGCACCCAAUACCUCGAUGGAAAUAGUAGCAGUGACGAGGACAGUGACGAUUCUUCCUCGGCCAGCAGUUUCAAACAGGAAGUGGUUUCUUCCGAUGACGAGGAUGGUGAUCCCAAUGAAAAGAGUACCAUCAAUGAUCGAUUGAUGGAUGUUAAUCGAGGAGAAGAGGGAGACGACAGCGAAGAGUUUGCAACGCCCAGAAUGCAGCUGACCUAUCCAAAUGAAGGUGAGAAGACUAGCGAUGGGGAUAAACAUGUCAUCGCUAGCACCAAAGAGAGUCGUGAGAGUCCACCGAAAGGGGCACCCUUCGUAUCACCGCCCAAACAAACGAAGAAAAAGGCUACUGCGAAGCAAGCAGAGAGCAACAAGGAGCAACUAAAGGAGGUCCAGGAAGAAACGCAAAGGAAACAGCCGACGGAUGCGACAGAAAAAGCUGGAACCAACGACAAGAAGAACGCCAAAACGGUGACACCAAAGGCCAAGGGCACGAGCGCUAAAAAGCCCCGACAGAAGAGAGUCACCCCGCAACAAAAGGCAAACGAGCACUACGUUCUCAUUGCAGAGAAACUUGGAUGUGUGGCGGAAACGCAGUUGAAGCUCAAGAAUGACCGUUUGCAGCAUACCAAGCGCGAGCUCAAGAAAGCAAUGGAUUUGGCAAAGAAGGCACAGGAGGAAGCGAACUUGUUGCAAGAACGAGUGGAAAAGGAGAAGGAAGAAGUUAAUGAUGCCAGGAAGGAUCUGCAAUUUGCCAGGCGACAAAUCAAGGAAACCGAAAAGCGAAUCAAGAAUGCUGACGAUGAUCGGACUCGCAAGGACGAAGCUUUCAAAGCCAAACUAGAAGAAGCCAAAGCGAGUUAUAAAGAAUCGAAGAAACGCCCAUUUGAUGCUAGAAAUGAUGCCCCUUCCGCAUUGAAAAAGAAGACCAAGAGAAAGAAAACUGUUGUGAAGGGCGAUGAGAGCGAUUGUGAAUCGGAUGAGGAUCAAGAAGAAUUUAGUGACAGUGAUGACGAGGAAUUUGUCGUCAAAGGAAAGAGUUUUACUGUCGACACUUAUGCUUCUCCCAAACGGUCCAGUGGACGUGCCAAAUCGUGGACAUGUAGCCAGUGUACUUUCAUCAACAAUGCGACAGAUGCUGAGUGUCCCAUGUGUGGCGGAUCCAGGCACGUCUUGUAA